AUGCGCUAUUCUGGGCUGCAAAGAGAAGUCGUAAGACUAUACCGACAAUGUCUGCGGGCGGCUAGCAAGAAACCGGAGGCGAGCAAGGAGCGGUUUCGAAACGCGGCUCGACGCGAGUUCCGGCAGAAUCAGAAAAUCGAUAAGAAAGAUUUCGCUGCUAUUGAGGCUCUGCUACGGAUGGGGUCCCGGAAGCUCGAGCUAUACUCUUCGCCUGGCGUCAAAGACAUUCACUGA